AUGAUGCCUUAGAGAACAGGAUCCUCCGGUCCUCUCUCACUGCCUGCAUAGCCCUCGGGGAACAGGCCCGGAGGCGCGAAGAAAGGCGCCUUCACGAGGCCGCCCAAGAUAAGAAGGUGGAGGGGCUGAUCCGCAAGAACUCCGAGGCGGUGAAGCAUGCUGCACAGCUGGAGGAGGCCCUCCGGGAGGCGAUGGCGGCGGCGGAGAAGGCCAAAGCUGACGGCAUAGCCGAAGGCAAGGCUGAGGCCGAGAGGGUUGCUGCCGAGGCGGCGAAGAAAGCUGCCGAUGAGGCCAAAACCGCCCAGGAGGGAGCUGUGGCCAAGGCCCGAGGGGAGGCAGUUGCUGAGUUUCUUGCUGAGGGCUGGAGGACCGAGGGCCAUAAGGAGUGGGUGGCCUCCGUGGUGGCGGCCUCGGUGGAUGCUUGGGUAAAAGGCCCCGGGGUUGACUGGCUGACGGAUAGGGGCGACGCCUACUAUCAGGGGGGUGAGUUUUUUACCCAGCAUUUGAUUUACCGGAGGCUCGCCAGGCACUUCGGCGUAUCCCUUGAUCAAUUCGACCCCUCGGCAUACGGCCUCCCCCCAUUGCAACCAGACGUGAGAGUUCCCCUCCCCCCGGGCGAAGAGCGGCCGACGAUAUAUGAUUCCGUGAUGAUGGGGAGUGAUGGGGGCGGAGCCGUCGGAGG